UCGGGUUCAUCGACGAGGUGGAGCACACCUACGGCUACCAGUCUGGCAGCUACGCCGUCCUCAACGACCAGGGCCUGGCCAUAGGCGAGUCCACCUGCGGGGCCGUCUUCGGCACCUGCGGCAAGGGCUCCAGCGUCGCCUGCGAGCCGGGCCGGCAGGUCGGUGUGGCCCUGAUGAGCAUCGACACGCUCUCCUACCUCGCGGCGGAGCGCUGCGCGUCCGCUCGGGAGGCAGUGCAGCUCAUGGGCGACUUGGCCGUGGAGCACGGCUUCUACGGCCCGCCGGAUUCCUUCGAGGGGUCGGGGGAGUCGCUGAUCGUCGGCGACCCGGAGGAGGCCUGGGCCUUCCAGAUCCUGUCAGACCCCACGGGUACCAGCGCCAUCUGGGCCGCGCAGAGGGUUCCGGACGCGCACGUCACGGUGGUGGCCAACAUGUACACCAUCCGCGUGGUCGACGCCAACGACACCAGCAACUUCAUGCUGUCCCCGAACCUGUUUGAUGCCGCCAGGGAGCGCGGCUGGUGGCGGGAUGGCGAGCCCUUCGACUUCACGAAGAUGUAUUCCGGCGGGGAGUACGCCCACAAGUACUACUCGGGCAGGCCGCGGUUGCCUUCGACUCGGGGGGAACGGUUCAGGAUGCAGUACGGGGCCGUCUGGGUGACCGGGCACGGGAAGCCGGCUAGGCAGGCGGGUGCUGCUGAGGGCGGAGGUGGCGCCCGGGCUGGCUGGCCUCGGUGCGCGCGUCGCCCCUGGGGGGCGACGCACACGUAGUAUUAGUAUGUGGGAGUGACGCCGAUCCUACUCGUCCUCGUCCUCGUCCUCCUCCUCCUCCUCCUCCUCCUCCUCCUCCUCCUCCUCCUCCUCCUCCUGCCCGCGUGUGGCUCCGAGCUGCGCGAGGGCGCCGUCGGCAUUGGUAUCUCCAGUCCCCG